GCGCCAACAACCUCCAGCAGCCAAAGAGUUAAACUGGUGAGGCUGUUGUUGAACGAACCAUCCAACUGGGCUGUGUCGCCAAGGGAAGACAGGAGGAUACUUGUGACGAGCAACAGAUCCCCAGCUGGCAAACAACCUCGCAUCUGCCACGCGAGCCAUAAGCGUUUUCAUCUGGACGAACCGUGCUGCGUUGUCUUUUUUUUUCUUACAGCGCGGUCGCGUUCUGUUGCUUCUGUGUCCUGCGUGGAGCGGAAGGGAAAAAAAGUUGUUGUACGUAGCAGAAUUUGGAUAAUAUUCACGAGAAAGCGGUGACAUAAGUGACACGUUACACUACGGGGUCAGUGUUCGUGCAGCGCAGGCCCGUACUACCGUGCGUAAUUGGCUAAUUAUCUUCAUCCAUCCUGUUUCUUCGCAGCGUCUUUGCGUUCGUGUGCGGGGAAUAGACUGAGUCAAACAUCUGGGGAGAACCAGAUGAAGUCACUUUGUCCAGUUUGUUCGACAACAUUUAGAAACACAGCUGUGUGAUUUGUUUCGGCACCAGACUUAGUUUUUGUAACAGGUGUUUUUUUUUUCCCAUUGAGCGCCUCACUUGAGCGCUGUCUGGAGCAACACAGGCUCUUUUCUUGUUGAUAAAUGAGCCACAGAGGCCACUGUGAGGACUGGGCUCUGAAAUGAGGGCCCACUUUACCUUCAUUGUUUGAUCUUUGAGUGGACAACAGUUUGUAACGGAGGAUAAUGAUAAGCUCCGUGUGUGUUUCGUCUUACCGAGGGCGCAAGUCAGGCAACAAACCUCCGUCUAAAUCAUGUCUGAAGGAGGAGAUGGCCAGAGGGGAAGACUCGGACAAAAUCAUCAUCAACGUGGGUGGAACUCGACAUGAAACCUACAAGAGCACCCUCAGGACGCUGCCGGGGACCCGCCUGGCCUGGCUGGCUGACCCAGACCCGCAGCUCAGCACCGACUCGGUCGCUGCUGCCUCGAGUGUCAACACCGAGUUCUUCUUCGACAGACACCCGGGCAUCUUCGCCUACGUGCUCAACUAUUACCGGACCGGGAAGCUGCACUGCCCGGCGGACGUGUGCGGGCCACUCUUCGAGGACGAGCUGGCGUUUUGGGGGAUAGACGAGACCGACGUGGAGCCGUGCUGCUGGAUGACUUACCGGCAGCACCGGGACGCGGAGGAGGCCCUGGAUAUAUUUGAACCGCCGGACCCGGAGGACACCGACGACGACAGAGAGAUGCCAAGGCGGUUCGGUAUCGAGGACUGUCCAGACAGGUCGAGGAGCUGCUGUCAAGUUUGGCAGCCGAAGAUGUGGGCCCUGUUUGAGGACCCGUACUCCUCCAGAACAGCCCGGGGAGUUGCAUUUGCCUCUCUCUUCUUCAUCUUGGUCUCCAUCACCACCUUCUGUCUGGAGACCCAUGAAGCCUUCAAUGAACUGCAGAACCGGACGGAGCAGGUUGUUGUGGGCAAUGUCACACAUGAAGUGGAAAGACAGGAGAUGGUGACCAAGCCUGUCCUCAUCCUGGUGGAGGGCGUAUGUGUGGUCUGGUUCACGCUUGAAUUCCUGGUGCGUAUCGUCUGCUGCCCAGACAAGGGGGUCUUCAUCAAGAACUCACUCAACAUCAUUGACUUUGUGGCCAUUCUGCCCUUCUACCUGGAGGUUGGCCUGAGUAGUUUGUCAUCCAAAGCUGCUAGCGAUGUGUUGGGCUUUCUACGGGUCGUGCGGUUUGUUCGGAUCCUCCGGAUCUUUAAACUGACGCGGCACUUUGUAGGAAUGCGUGUGCUGGGCCACACACUGAGGGCCAGUGUCAAUGAAUUCCUCCUGCUCGUCAUCUUCUUGGCACUGGGCGUGCUCAUCUUCGCCACCAUGAUUUACUACGCCGAGCGCAUCGGAGCCAGGCCCGACGACCCCAAAGGCUCCAACCACACACACUUCAAGAACAUCCCCAUCAGCUUCUGGUGGGCAGUGGUUACCAUGACGACACUCGGCUACGGAGACAUGUACCCGCAGACGUGGCUGGGCAUGAUGGUGGGGGCGCUGUGUGCGCUGGCUGGGGUGCUGACCAUCGCCAUGCCGGUCCCCGUCAUCGUCAAUAACUUUGGGAUGUACUACUCACUGGCUAUGGCCAAGCAGAAACUGCCGAAGAAGAAGAAGAAGCACAACCCGAAUCCAGAUGCUCCGACUGACUCCAUCUCGUUUGGGAAGUCAGACACAAACUCACGCAGAGACAGCACGCAGAGUGACACCUGUCCACUGGCUGCUGAUGAAAGUGUCAGCAGGAAACGUUCAGAUUCCAAACAGAAUGGAGAUGCAAAUGUGGCCCUUUCAGAGGAGGAAGGCUGCAGCCUGACCCAGCCGCUCUCCCCCAGUGAAAAGUGGUCUCUGCGGUGCAGCCGAGGGCGAGACAAGACUAAGAAAGAGGCUACCUGCUUCCUUCUCACCUCAGGAGACUCCAGUAUCCACACUGACAGCUGUAAUGACAUCCUGGCUGCCACUGGAAACUACACUCAGCCUGAGGUCACCACACUGACCUGAUGGCUACAGAACGUCUGUCCUGUUCGAGCUUCACCUCUGGUCCCUGCUUUCUUUUCCCCUCCUGAAUGAACUGAAGAACAGACUCUUUUUAUUCAGGACACAGUCACACAUCCAGCAACCUGGGGUGGGAAAUCAGCUGCAGCGCUGCAGAAUUACCAUGAAUACACUCAUUUACAGUUUUAGAGCAUUCUGCAUGAACUGCAUGUUCUAAUUUUGUUAAAUGCGCUGUACCUUAUCAGUUAGUGGACAUGACACCGGUUGUCUUAAAGGCCCUGAAAGUGUGUUAGUUUAUUUUGAUAAUUACUGAGGUUAAGUCAUUUCACAUGAGGGAGUCUGUUUUUCCUGUAUUUACCUGAUCUCUUCUCACAGGUAUGAAGCCUACGACACCUACAGCACUGAUUACGCUCUUUGGCUUUUGGGUUUUAAGCUCUUAGCAAGAUAGUUUUCAAACUUCACCAUAUUAAGUUAUGGAUGUUUGAUGUUAUACAGGAAUUCCUCAGCGUUGUUCUGUCAUGCUUGUAGUAAUAUGUACAGAAACAGUGGCUCUGAGCUCUUUUUGGACCCAGAAAACGUCAUUUGGAUCAAUGUCUUGUAUCCAUAAAUGUUGUUAACUGUCCUGUAAGAACACCCAAACACUUGUGAAUAAGACUUUGUACAGUAAAACUGUUACUGUGAACUAGGGUUAGAUGAACACUUGAAAUCAUUGUCAGAUCCUCGUCCACCAAACGUACCCAGAGUCCCUUGUUGAAUAUCCGGCCUCUGCCUUCUGUCGUGCCACUGCCUUUUAACACUGACCACAGGAACAACACGCAGAUAUCUCGUCAAGUCACAGUGUGAUAUGAGUGCUGCUCUGUCCACACAAUAUUUGUAAAUCCUCGUGUAAAAUAAGAAUUCAUCAAAAGGAGAAAUAGAAAUCGGUGGAUCAGUAUUACAUUAGCUGUGACUCAUCAUUGCCAGUUGAGUCAGAACCAAAUGUAGACUUCAUAAAAUCUCAUGGUAGAUGUUCAGCACCAUUGUUAGUAAGAACACAUGCGCGGCAAUGCCAUCAGUUCCAUUUGUGCCUCAUGUUGAGAAGUGUGUGCAGUAACUUUGUUAGGGUUGUUCCUUAUCACGUGGUGUCACAUUUGUAGAAACCCAGUGUAGUUUCAUGUUUCCAUGGAGAGAGCGAGCGAGAGAAGCGAAGGGAACGUUUCUUUCACUUAUGACUUAUAAUAUGUUCCUUGUGGUCUUACCAUGGUGGCCUUAUGUUUAAUGAACAAAGGGAAACUUCAUUUCAUCUUCAUUAGACUCUGUUUCUAUGAUGACCCAGGGGUCUGUAAUUAUGUAUAAGCACAGUUUUUGCAUAUGUAGCACAGUACAAUAUUCUGGAUCAUUCCUUAUGCUCUUUCCCCCCCUUGUCUGUAUGAAGUUAAUGAAAGACUAUUAUUUUGAUAAUUCACUUAUUCACUCAUUUCCUAUUUUAAGUGUUGUAUAUGUACUGGAAGGGGAUGGAGAAGCAUAGAGCACGUUUGUUCCAUAUCUCUCCAAUAUGGAUUGUUUAGGUGAAUUUAUUAGGCGUGAGUGUGUGUGUGUGUGAGUGAGUGUAGGCAUGUGUUUCUAUGCAGAAAUACAAAUAAAAUCAUU